GGGGGGGGGAUCUCAGGCAUGGUUUUAAUAAGGAGCAGCACCUCUCCCCAUUUUAAUCUGCCAUGGAAGCCAAACACAAGAUGUUUCCAUGCUGUGAAAUGGGGGUGUUGGUGACUACCCUCCUGCUUAAUGGUGUCGCUGUCUCAACCACUGAAGGUCUGUUUGGGAAAGCCCUGGUGUUUCCCUAUGAGACGGACGACAGCUACGUCAAACUGACCCCCCAGAAGCCCCUGGAGCUCAAAGCCUUUACGCUCUGCAUGAAGCUGGCCACGGAGCUGAAAGGCGAGAGAGAGGUCAUCCUCUUUGCGUACCGCACCAAAUACUUUGACGAACUGAACGUCUGGCGAGAGGCGGAUGGGCGCUAUUCCUUCUACCUGAGUGGAGAGGGGGUGUUUUUUGACUUACCGCCACUGAACACGUUCAAGACCCACAUGUGCAUCACGUGGGAAUCCACCACGGGUCUGUCUGCGUUCUGGGUGGACGGCAAGCGGAGCGUUCGGAAGGUGUACAAAUUGGGACACACGAUUCAACCCGAGGGUACCGUCAUUCUAGGACAGGACCCUGAUAAUUAUUUGGGGAAAUUUGAUUCUGCUCAGAGUUUUGUUGGUGAAAUUUCCCAUGUUAAUAUGUGGGACUAUGUCCUGCCUGAAAGUCAGAUUAAGGCAUUGCAUUCAGAUGACAUCCUCACUGUGUCCACAGGUAACAUUUUUGAUUGGGUGUCAGUUGAGUACGAGAUUCAUGGGAAGGUACUUGUUGCCUCUGCAGACUAAAAUCAUCUGAUUCUGUGUGACAGUGCUUUUGAAACAUGCACUUCAUCAGUAAAUGCCAUGUGCUGUGAUACUGUAUACGUAUACACACUGGCAGACUGUCAGUCAUCAGGGUAUUCUCUGCUAGCCCAACCAAAACUGUAAUUAUUUUGAUUUCAUAAACAGCCAAUUUUAUAGGAAUUUAUAUGAUUUCCUUUUCAUGUUAUUGGACCAUUACUUCCUUAAGAACAUUAACAUCUGUGCCUUCUGACCUCAUGUAAGCACACAGAAUGAAGGUACAACUUCACACAUCAACAGAAUAAAGCCCCAAACGUGGGUUAUUUCGCAUUUUC